UAUGAUCAGUCUCUUAAAGUUAACUAAGCUGUAAAGAAUGAAAAAUAUUCUUUCGAUAUUCUUAUUGACCUUUAAUUGUUUCCUGCAAUCGCAAGCUCAAGAAUGUGGACAAGUAAAAUAUAGCACUGGCCUCAUAAUUAAUGGAACUGAUGUUAAACGAGGAGAGUUUCCUUUUUUGGUUGCAAUUAAGACAGUAGAAGAACAAAAGUAUAUUUGUGGAGGUAGUUUAAUAACAAAAUCGCAUGCACUGACGGCAAGUCAUUGUAUACAUCAGAAAUAUAGAAGUACAAGAUUUAAUCCUGAAGAUCUAACUGCCUUAAUUGGAAAAUAUGAUCUUCGACUUAAAGAUGAAAGCUAUGCAACAGAAAUGAAAAUCAAUGAGAUCAUCGUUCAUGAAGAUUGGAAGCCACAAGAAGAUAGAUAUGAUGCUGAUAUAGCUCUUUUAGUUUUUGAAGAGGAUGUCCAGUUUAAUAAUUUUAUUAACAUUGUGUGCUUACCAAAAUACUACAGAUCAAAUUCAUUACAAUCAGGGGAAGUAGUUGGUUGGGGUGUGUCAGAACGAACUAGUAUUUCAGAGAAUGAAGCUAUUCCGAGGAAAGUAAAAAUUGGCAAGCCUCCAUCGAAUGAAAAAUGUUAUCACGAAGAUUCAUAUUUUGCCCAAAUUUCUUCAGAACGAACAUACUGUGCGGGUGGAAAGUUAGCUGGACCAUGCUUUGGUGACAGUGGAGGUGGAUUUUAUGUCCACACAAGUUCCGGCUGGCAUAUUCAAGGACUUGUUUCCGCAACUGUUUUGACAAAUAAUUAUACAUGCGAUAGUGCAAAGUAUGCGCUGUAUACGAACGUUGCCAAAUUUUAUGACUGGAUAUGGAAGAAAACUACCAACUUUACGGACAUCCAGCUUCCGUGUUAUUUCAAUGUGUCAGAGAAAUUUAAAGACAAGCCAUACAUAUGCACUGCGCAAAUAAAAAUUAUAUCUGAUAAUUACAAAGUCAUAUCAACAAUUGGAGAUCAUUUGCAGGGCAAAUCCAAUAACGAUGUUGGUCUUUUGGAUCUUAAUAGUAGACACAGUAACAAAAUCAGAGACAUUCGUUACAUCCCAGAAGGAUUAGGCAAAUUGUUUCUUAAGUUGAAAAUACUCUACAUUCAGAAUUGUAAGCUUAAGUCACUGUCAAGGAAGAAUUUCGCCAAUAUGGAUAACUUAACCACAAUCAGCUUGACGAAGAACCAAAUCGAGCAUAUUGAUCCUGAUACAUUCUAUGAUGUUCCUAUGCUUUUUUCACUACGAAUUAAUGCAAACAAACUUAGUAGCUUAUCAAAUGAUUUGUUCAUACAUGCACCAAGACUUAAGUAUGUCAUAUUAAGCAACAACUUACUUGAAUUUUUCGAUAGCAUCAUUUUUGACAGCAACAGAGAUUUGAAAAGCUUAGAUCUGUCUUACAAUAAGCUAAAAAAUAUUUUCAUAGACUUUCCUGAUUUUAAAGGUCUUCAGUUGGUUGAUCUGAGAGGCAAUCAAUGCAUUGAUGACAUUUUUAUUGAUUCUAAAUCAUUGAAAGAUUUCCAAGAUUCCGUAAAAGUAAAUUGUGCUAGAAACUUGUGAUUAAUGGAUUUUUGUAAAAAUGAGGAGAAUUGAAAUAGUUGAAGGAAGUUAUUAAUGUAAAUUGUUGUGAAAAAGGUUGAAUAAAAAGUUUUCCAUGCUCUA